AUGUCAAAUGAAGGUGGUGACGGUGAUGUUGAUGAAGAUGGAAUUGUUGAUGGUCUUGAUGAUGAUGAUGAUGGUGAUGAUCGUGAUCAUCAUCGUGAUGAUGAAAAGGAAGACAACAAUAUCACGUUUCCUUCCUACAGAGCUCAGAUAAGCCUACCUGGAACAGUGAAGACAAUAGUGUUUGGUGCUAUCUACUUGACAUUCUACACUAUCGUCUUCUUUGACCAACGUGUGCUCCUUGACCCCCAAGACAUCAUUACCAGUACGACGUCACUAUCAGCAAGCGGUUUGAUUGGCCUUAAGUUUACUGGUAAGAGAGUGUUUAGUUAUAUCAAGAAGGUGAAAAGACCAGCAGAAUUUCCAAAUAUCUGGAAUGGGAUCGACCUGGCUUUGUCUUUUGCUGGACACGCCUAUUUCCUGUAUUUAACGCGACCGGACCGUCUUAAUAAACGGUUCCCUUUCCAUCUGCGUGCAGGCAAGGUUUCUUUCCGUGAUAUCGAUGAGAACGUAGAAGAUCUCUAUACUCCAUCGAAUGACUUCUAUUCAGUUUUCCAAACUGGGAAGAAACAGGAUACCAGAACUGGAACGACACUGACUAUCCCUGAAGAACCCCAUCACUUUGAAACACCUGUGAUGCCUUUCAACGCACCUUCGGAAGAGUGCCUGGCUGUUCUUCCUCGACCAUCCUCAUCUGAGAUACCAACCGUGUCUGCUACUGUCGACCUAUCGUACCGAACACCCUCACCGGUUAUACAAACGGUAUCUGGUACUGUCCAGACACAGGCACCUACAACGCCCUCGGUAUUUGUUCCCAUGCCUUCGGUAGUGACUAAGCAGUCAUUUAAGAUCACCCCUGCUGGGUCACCAAGCUGUAAGCUACGCAUGAAACAAAUUCCUGAGAAAGACCGGGCGGCUUUUGGGAUUUCUACGGCUUCUGUUCCUAGGGGAGGGUUCUCUGUAUUCUGUGUCCAGAAACAACCGGUAAAUACCUUUAAGAUGUCUAAUUCAAUAUAA